UAGGCUGGAGCAGGCUAGUGUCUCCUGACAGGCGGGUCAUCAUCCAUCCGUCGGCGGCUUUGACCAACCCGUAACUCUGGCGUUCCACAAGGACGGAAACCUCGUUACAUUCCUAAAUCGCGUGAAAGCUCUCCAUGAACAAACGCGGGGCCGAGGAUCCGCCCGGUGGAGGUGGGGCUAGCGGCAUCGAUGGCGCGGGCGUGGGAUUGGAGCCGCCCUCCAAGAAGCGGAUCGUGUUCGAGCCCCUCCAAUUGGGGCCAAUCUCCAAUCUGGAGGAGCUGGAGCUCAAGACAUUGGCCUUCCAGAAUCAGAAGUUGGGCCUGCGGCUCACCCAGCGCAUCCAGAUUGAGGACGAGUUGCGGGCCCGCAUUGAUCAGUUGGAGAAGCGCCAAAUGCAGGAUGACGCCGUUAUGAACGUGAUCAAUCGCUAUUGGAACCAGUUAAACGAGGAUAUCCGCAUCUUGCUCCAGCGGUUCGACGGCGAAACGGGCGACGAGAGCGAGAAGAAGAAUGAGCAUGAGUCCACCACGUCGUUUCUCACGCAGUUGGCCACUUGGCACAAGGAGGAACUGGACGAAAAGCUGGCCUCCAAAGUCCAGGUCUCGCAACGCGCUGUGGCCAAAAUCAUUCAGGUGUUUGAUCACUUGAAUCAGAGGAAUGAGAAACUGGCGCGAGCCAUUCGCGGCGAAAAGGAGCCCGUGACCAUUGACCCCGCUGAAGAGGAGAAACCCACCGAGGUGAAUGGCGAUGAGGCCAAAACGGCCGCUGCGAAUGAGGAAGGCACUGAAAAGGUCAGUUUGGCAGCGGAGGAGACUGUGGCGGCUCAGGUGCCCGCCAUCGUGGCCAUCGACGAUCAGGUGAAAGAGCUGAACAUCCGAUUGCAAUCCGAGAACUCGAAUUUGCAUCGCCUCAACACUUCCCUACAUGAGAAAAACCAUUACCUGGCCUUGAAACACGCGGAACUCGAAGAAGGCAUUAACGCGGAAGAGACAAAAAACGAGGAGCUGCAGAACAAGGUCGAUGAUCUUGAGUACGAGCUCACCAAGACGCGGAUGCGCAACGGAAAGUUCGAGACGUGCUUGUCCGAGACCCAGGAAAAACUCAAAAUGUUUGUGGAUCGUGAUGGCGGCCGCUUGGAUCAAAAGGUGGUUCUGUCCAACGCCGAACGAAAAACCGUAGAUCAACUCACGCACGACAUGGAAGAGCAAAGGGAGUUGGCCACCAAUCGCUUGUCGGAAUUAGAAGAUAUGAAUACCAAAUACAAAGACUCGCUGAAACAAGUUGAAACCUUAAAGAUGGAACUCUCGACCUUGCCUGAACACGUGGUGGUUGAAACCACCGAACACAAAUGUCUACAAUCUCAAUUUUCUGUUCUUUAUAACGAAGCCAUGCAGUUGAAAACUCAACUCGAGGAGACUCGCUCACAACUCCAGGUAGCCAAGAACACGCACAUGCGACAAAUUGAGCAAAUGGAAUCUGAGGAGCUUCUGGCCCAAAAGAAACUGCGCACUGAGGUCAUUCAAUUGGAGGAUAUGCUGGCUCAAGUUCGAAAAGAGUACGAAAUGCUGAGAAUAGAGUUCGAACAAAAUCUUGCGGCCAACGAGCAGACUGGUCCGAUCAACAAAGAAAUGCGUAACCUCAUCACUUCGCUACAGACUCACAAUGUCCAGUUGAAGGGUGAAGUUGCCAGAUACAAGCGAAAAGGCAAAGAAGGCCAAUUAGAGAUCGCCAAACUGAGGAAGGACUUGGAUGACUCAAAAGCCGCCGAAAUCAGAGUCCUACAACAAAUCAAGAAACUUCAGGAACAACAGCAGAGCCUCAACUCUUCUCACGAUCCGGAUUCAGGCGAUACUAAAGUAAAAGAAGAAGGCGACAAUCUGGCUCAUCCCAUGGUCAGAUCGGGUUCAACUAGUAGUGCAGCAGGUGAUGAGGACUCUCAGCUUUCCAACAUGGAUGGUGUCGACAAGAUGGAGGUGGGAGAUGAAGAUGACGUUAAGGUGAAAAUUGAGUCCGAUGAGAACUCGCAGCUGGUCUCAGACGCUACCGGGGCCACCGAGGGAGGAAGUCCGGAUUCAUUGGCCAGAAGCACGCCUGUAAAGAAAGAAGUGAAAGCAGAAACUGCCGCCGCCAUAGCCAUGGCCAAUGUGAAAGAGUGCAAGGAAAAGAUUGAGGAGCUACAAAAGGCUCGCGCCAAGGAUCAAGAGGGUAUGAAAGACCUCAAGUCUCAACUGAAGAAAGCUCAAAACGAGUUGAAAGAAAUGAAACUUCUGCUGGACAUGUACAAGUCCUGUUCGAAAGAACAACGCGACAAGGCUGCUAUCAUGGUGUCGGAAAAGAAGGCCCGAGGCGAAGUGGAAGAGCUCAAACUUCAGUUGAAAAAACUCAGCGAGGCCAAGAAAGAGGAGAAGAAGCGAUUGGCUGAUGAGGACGCCACGCGCAGAAUCAAGCAGUUAGAAGAGCAAUGCGGUCAACUCCAAAAGCAAGUCGGCAAUCACAAGCAAGAAGAGGAAGCUCUCUUAUCCGAAAUGGAGGUCACUGGGCAAGCCUUUGAAGAUAUGCAGGAGCAAAACUUGCGGCUCAUCCAACAGCUCCGAGAAAAAGACGACGCCAAUUUCAAGCUGAUGUCCGAGCGGAUCAAGUCCAAUCAAAUUCAAAGGUUGGCCAGAGAGGAGCGCGAUAUGCUCACUCAGCAAGUGAGCACCUUAUCCACUCAAGUGGAGGCCCAAAAUCAGGUAGUCCGUAAGCUUGAGGAGAAGGAACGUCUGCUUCAAAAUAAUCUGCAAACGGUCGAGAAGGAGUUGUCCAUGCGACAGCAAGCCAUGGAGAUGCAUAAGCGGAAGGCUAUCGAAUCGGCUCAAUCCGCUGCCGAUCUCAAGCUCCAUUUGGAGAAAUACCAUGCCCAGAUCAAAGAAGUUCAGCAAACGGUCUCCGAAAAGACCUCUGCCUUAGAAGGUGAGGCGUUCAAGACGAAGCGUUACCACGAAGACUUGGUUCUUUGUAAGCGUAAGGUGGAAAGGCUGCGCAAGAUUGAAAUGGCCUCAGACAUGGACGAGAUCCUCAAGGAGGAAAUCCGCGAAUACAAGGAGACCCUCACGUGCCCGUCGUGCAAGGUCAAACGCAAAGAUGCGGUUCUGACAAAGUGCUUCCAUUGCUUUUGUUACGAUUGCUUGCGGACCCGGUAUGAGACGCGUCAGAGGAAAUGCCCGAAAUGUAACGCUGGAUUUGGCGCCAGCGAUUAUCAUCGACUUUAUCUAUCUUAAAGAGCAGAUCAACAAUGCCUUUGAAGCCGACAACAUUGUCAUCACGACACAACGUAUUAUGAGGGGGCAGAGUCAAACAGUUUCAGUUUCACAUUCCUGCAGUGUAUUUCCGCCAGCAUCUUGUCUUGAUAUGAGAAGCCACAUAUCUGUCACUCAUAUCUCAGUUUAUACUCCAUGUACAGUUCUCUCUUGUGUGUAAUUGUAAUCAUUUCCGCAUUAACUAUAAAAACGCAUUAAAUUCAA